UUUGUCUCUGCGUUCUUUCUUCUCCUCCUGCAUCGCGUACCUCGUAAUAUCGUCGCAAAGCGACAUACGUAAUCGUGAACGUUUGUUUUUGAUAAAAAGAAUGCGGGAAAUUGCGUCGAACGAAAGUAUGCACGGCGCAAAGAACACCGUUUGACAGCAUUCAACAUCCACCAGCGCGAAACAGGAAAAGUGAAAGGACUUCAUAGACUUCCCGUAGAGGCAAUGCGGCAGGUGAUGCUGCCAUUCGUACGUGUAACCGUAAAAUUACGCCCGACGUGCUUUCUUGACCGACAAUCGUGCUCUUGGAAAACGUUUGCCUCUUACUACAGUCUCGUCGUACGUCUGCGCGCACAGAAAUUGGUCCUAGUCCAGAUCCAUGGACAAAGGCGUCGACCGAUCGUCGUUCCUUUAUCGAUCGACCAACGUAAAUGGUGAAACGAUACCAGCAAGAGACGACAUGAAUAAAACGGAACUGAACAUCGUCUUGAACACCGAGCCAGCGAGGACAUCCUCGAGUGUAAUUCACUCGCACAUUCCGGUGCCGAGGAUAUCGAAUGCAAUUAAAGCCCAAGAAAGGUGUCCCCCAUCCCGCAGGGGGUCCUUCGAAAAGCUGUCGCACAGAGGAGUGUCGGUCGCCGCUCAAAGGGCGUCCUUCGAGAAGCUCGACGCUUCCGUUCAGCAGCAACGAUCGAGGAACAAUAAUUUGUCGAGCUCGAGCAUCGAGAUGCGCAACUCCGAGACUGAGAAACUUGCUUUCCACACUACUACUAACUGCAAGACGAACGAGCUGGUCGGUGUCGCGAAAUUGAACAGGAGCAAUAGCCUGGAGAGCAAGUGGAAGAGCAAAUACGAGGAAUCGGAGAAGAGGAGGAAAUUGUUGCUACAGAAGAGCGAGGCCGCAAGCAAGGAACAUGCCGACUUGGAGAAGAAAUAUCAACAACUACAGAGACAAAAUAGCACUUUGCAGUCGCAAGUGCAAGAAAAAGAACAGAGACUUCAAAAGCUGCGAACAGUUUCCGAGGCAGUGUGCAAAGAAUACGAACAACUGAAGCAUCAAUACGAAACUGAGACAGGCGCUAUGCAUAAAGCCAUGCAACAAGCAUCGCAGUGGUACAGACAAAAUCGCGAACUAAAGAGAAGAUCGCAGAUCAUAACUCAAAAAUUCCUGCAAUCGAAUCCGGAAGGCUCUCUAGACCUUGAGAUAGCGGACGAAGUUGACUCGAAUUUCGAAGAUCUUGAUCAGUUGAGAGAAACGGUGAAAGAAUUAAGUAAAGAGAUAGCGAGACUUCAGACGGAGUUGCAUUCCGCGCGCCUUCAAGAGUUUGAAGCUCAAGAACAAGUGACGCAUUUGACCACGCAGUUGGACGAGGAGAGAACUCUCAGACGAAAAUGUGAAGAGAAGGUGAACGAGAUGAAGGUGCAAAAAGAAAACAUGGAGAGGGUGACGAAGAUGGUUGCGGAGGAGGUGCAAGCGUUGAAAGCUCAAUGCGAUCGCGAGAGAGAAAACGCGAAGAUUAUGAAGAUAGAGGCCGAAAGGGUACAAAAGGAAAGAAACGUGCUGGCUCAUCAGAGCGCACUCUUGAUGGCUGAAGUUGGCGAUGACCCUAAUGGAAGAUUAUUAACCGUUCUACAAGAGGUGGAGUCUUUGAAGAGACUAUUGGAGGAAGAGCAACAGAACCAUGCUUCUCACAUACAGAUGCUGGAGGAGAAGUUGGAGGAGAAAGAGUCGAACGUCGAGUUCGAAAUAGUAGAGGAAAAGUUAAAGCUGGCCGAGUCAGAGUUGGAAGUUGUAACGCAAAGGGCAGAAAGGGCGGAAAAGUCGGUGGAAACUCUGGAAGGAGUGGUUCAAACUUUGAAGGCGAAGAUCAGUGAGCUGGAAGAAAAGCUUUCCAGGCCACCACCACCCCCUUUGCCUCCACCUCCGCCGCCGCCGAUGUUCAACAACGGUGGACAAUCGUCGAUAAAAUUGCUGACGAAAGAAAAAAUUAAUUCGGAACGAAACGCGGUGACUGACAUGGAGAACAUGCUUGGAAUUACGAAAAAAACACCGACGGUUGCGCAACAGCCUGCUAUCGACGACAUUAUCAACCAAAUAAAAGGUGGACGCUUCACGUUGAAGCAAACGGAUAAACAAAGGGAAGAGGAGAGAAAAAGACGACAGGAAGCGGAAAGCGCGCCGCCCGCUGUCUCGGAAAUGUUAAAUAUUUUGGGUACCAUGAGAAGAAGAGCCAAGCCGAUAAAGCAAUCGUUGAAAUCAACAGACUCAUCGACGUAAAAGUAGAUGCUGUCGGUAAUAUGUAAAAAAUUUGUACGCCUCGGGCACGAGUUACGUGCCAUUGUUCGGACAUUAAUCGCGACGCGUAUUUUUUUAAACAAAGAUCUGUUCUACAAGAAUGUUUAUAUUAUUUAUUUAGAUGGAAAAUAAAUUUUCUACCACUAAA